AUGACCUCCAGCCAAACCAUUUUGGUGGUCCAGAGCGGCUGCAUUGUCCGCAAGCGACGGUUCCAUCGCAUGGUUAGUUUGGCGCUCAAGCCAGAAAAGAAGGACUCCAGCGAUGACGACGACAGGAGGAACAAUAAUAAGAAGAAGGAACACGAUGACAAUGAGCCACCCACGUUGGUCAUGGUGUCCAGGGAUGAUCCGUGCAUGGCUUGGUGUGUCUUGGGAGCCUGGAUUCGUGUCGAGUUGAAGAUUUCACAAGAAGAAGAUGGAACAGCAACAGAAAAGUGUACCAGAAAUGACGAAGAUCCAGUCGAAAAGAAGGACGAGAAAAAGAAGCAAAAUGAUAGUAGCGGCCACACCGAAGCAGUCCGGGUGGAAUUGCUACAGUGUUCGCCGGAUCCCAACGUGAUACCAAUCUGCCUGCAACUGGUGGCCGAGGGAGCACUUCCCCUGUCCGUAUUUUCCAAUCAAACUCAUUUGCAAGACGUUCAUCAAGUCGAAGAACUUUUGAGGUUGCCUCCCCGCGACAAACAACGCAAAGAUGCCAUUAUUCAAAUCUCACGACAAUUGAAGCACGGGGUGGACAAUAAUAAUCACCAAAAGACGGGUCCCUUGCCACAUAUCAAACGCUGGCAAUGGCAAAUUCUCGAACGAUUGGAACAAAACACUCCCUUAGUAGUUCCUGUGCCAUUUUGCCGUCCCGUCUCCAACUCAAAUGGUGUUCCGGAAGACAACAGUGAUCCAACAUCAUCAACUGAUGAUCCCAUCACCACCAAGAUGAAUGUCCCAGAUGUCAAUUCCAUGUCCAUUCGCCAUGGCAUUUCUCGAGUCGACUACUUGAAGGGCAAAAAGUGGCCUCAAAUCCGAUGGCUGUUGCAACGAUUGCAGCCCAUGAUGUUGGAUGAUGGCUGCACAACCACCCGAGUACUGGAUGUGGGAGGUGGUCGAGGAGAUUUGGCCGUGGCUGUUGCAUUGGCAUUUCCCCAGGCACACGUCACCGUGGUGGACUCCAACGAAUCCUCCUUAUUGGCGGGACGAUCCUAUGCACAACAAUCGCUGGGGUUAUCGGCAGACAAAAAAACUUCCUUUGUUUGUGCGGAUUUUGCAACCUAUGCUGCCCAAGAGAACCACAACUUUGAUGUCAUUGUGGCAUGGCACGCCUGUGGUGAUUUAUCCGAUUGUGCCCUCCAAUUUGCACUCUCCUGUCAGGCGAAUUUUGUCAUUUGUCCCUGCUGUUACACCAAACGAUACAUUACAGGGUUUGAGCCCUGUUGGAUUCGAGACCAUAACAACAACAACUGCAUCGUACCCAGCAGCAGUGAACAACGACAAUCGAACCCCCAAGAAGAAAUUGCCAUUGUACAAAAACUGGCCGAAACCAACAAUCAUCCCGAGGUGUCACAACGCGCCAUGAAACUUAUCAAUUGCAUGCGCUUGCAUGCCCUUCUUCUAGAACAGCAGCAACAAUCCUCAAAACAGCAACCACACGACAACGGUACCGUCACGAUCGAUUCGAAUACUAAGAAAUCCCUGGGGAUACGAUUGGAACGGUACGAGAGCACGUUUUCAUCCAAGAAUCUGGUCCUAGUGGGAGAAUGGAGCACCAGCUGA